ACUGAGACAGUGAACCUUUGGAGUUUGAUAUGAUGUGAUCACACACACACACACACACAGUGAGGCCCCUGAUGACACGUGAACACACACACACUCAGUGUUCAGAAUGACACGGCUCUAAUCGGAGGAAGGUGAUCUCUGAAAUUGCUCAGUGAGCACCCCUAAUUUCCCUGAUUUACAUAUCGCUGUCAAUCACACCCAAUGGAAUCCAAUCAGAAAGCAAGCGGGGACGGACUGACGGGGACGCAGAAGGAGGCAGCACUGCGGGCACUCAUUCAGCGCACAGGAUACCAACUGCAGCAGGAGAAUGGCCAGCGGCGGUACGGUGGCCCACCGCCCAGCUGGGAUGGCCCCCCACCAGAAAGAGGCAGCGAGAUCUUCGUGGGGAAACUGCCGAGAGAUCUGUUUGAAGACGAACUGGUCCCACUGUGCGAGAAGUUUGGUAAGAUCUACGAGGUGAGGAUGAUGAUGGACUUUAAUGGGAACAACCGAGGUUACGCCUUCGUCACCUUCAGCACCAAACAGGAGGCCAAAGCAGCCAUGAAGCAGCUCAACAACUACGAGAUCAGAAAUGGCCGCCUCCUUGGAGUCUGUGCCAGCGUUGACAACUGCCGUCUGUUCGUGGGCGGGAUUCCCAAAACCAAGAAGCGUGAGGAGAUCCUGUCUGAGAUGAAGAAGGUUACCGAUGGGGUCACGGACGUCAUCGUGUACCCCAGCGCCGCUGACAAAUCCAAAAACCGAGGCUUUGCCUUCGUCGAGUACGAGAGCCACCGAGCAGCUGCCAUGGCCCGACGCAAACUGCUGCCAGGUCGUAUUCAGUUGUGGGGUCAUGCCAUCGCUGUGGACUGGGCGGAGCCUGAGGUGGAGGUGGAUGAGGAUACCAUGGCAACAGUCAAGAUACUGUAUGUCAGGAACCUGAUGCUGCAGACCACAGAGGAGACCAUUGAGAAGGAGUUUAACAGCCUCAGACCAGGCGCAGUGGAGAGAGUGAAGAAGAUCAGAGACUACGCCUUCGUCCAUUUCACUCAGAGAGAAGAUGCCAUCAAUGCCAUGAACGCACUCAAUGGAAAGGUGGUGGAUGGCUCUCCUAUCGAGGUGACUCUGGCCAAGCCCGUGGACAAGGACAGUUAUGUGCGUUACACCAGAGGGACAGGAGGACGGGGAGGGUCUCUGCUGCAGACCGACUACACUGCCUAUACCUUGGGACAGGUGUAUGACCCCUCAGCGGCGUACCUCGGUCCACCUGUAUUUUACGCCCCCCAGGCCUACACUGCCAUACCAGGUCAGUUCCGCUUCCCGGCGGCCAAAGCUCACGUUGGAGGUCGAGGUUUGAUCAGGACACCGUCUGUGAGAGAAAUUUACAUGACUGUACCUGUAGGGGCUGCCGGGGUGCGGGGGCUGGGUGGGCGGGGCUACCUGGCCUACGCCGGCGGGGUUGGACAGAUGGGCCGAGGUGGCAGUGGUGGCGCCUCCUAUGGCCUGAAGGCGGACAAGCAGGUGGAGGAAAAGCUGUACGACCUGCUGCCGGGCAUGGAGCUGACCCCCAUGAACCCUGUUGCCAUGAACCUGAAAGCUGCCACCAUCAAACCUGCACCACAGGUCCUGGAAGAGCUGUGUCAGAAGAAUAACUGGGGUCAACCCGUCUAUCAGCUCCACUCGGCCAUCGGUCCAGACCAGAGGCAACUCUUUCUCUACAAGAUCACCAUACCAGCUCUGGCUACACAGUACCCCAACGUCCAUCCCUUCACCCCUGCUAAGCUGUGUGCAGCUGUAGAAGAAGCUAAAGUCCACGCAGCCGAGCACACCCUGCAGACGCUGGGGCUGCAGACGGAGGGCGCUGCAGACGCCGGCUGUGCUACUGCCGCCGCUGUGGCCUCAGUAGCCUUCCCAGCAGGUUACACUCUGGCGAGCCCAGCGUCGUCGGCAGUCGCCUCCCAGCUGAAGCAGGCCGUGUCUCUGGGCCAGGACCUGACCGCCUACACCACCUAUGAGGGCUACCCUGCCUUCGCCGUGGCAACGCGCCACACUGACGGAUACGGCGUUUUCUAGAAGAACGGUUUGCAGUGAGGGAAAACACUCGGAGCCGAGAAAGCAUUCACACUAAACUGCUUUUUUUAUUUAACGUUUUAAAACUGGUAAACAACUUUUGAAUUUCUGAUUGGCUGGCUGUGAAGAGUGGAAAUAAACGAGCUUGUAGUUGAUGGCAGUGUGAGCUCAGUGUGGAGCGAAGUCAUUUCUACAGAAAGCAGAUUGGUGUGAAUGCAGCUUCACAUGACUGCCUGAAGUUUGUACACCGAGACAAAACCUCCGUGGACGUUUGUCUCGUCACAGACACGUUUUGAGAGCCGCUGCUGGAAAUCGUUUUGGACUCAUCAGUCGCCGUGAAACAAAAUCCUCAGCUGUCACAUCUUUCCUGUCUUCAUACGAUCCGUCUCUGCUCGUCUACCUUUAUAUGAGCUGUGUGUUCGUACGCAUCUGUGAUUCUUCUGUGAUUGGUUAGUAGCUGGCCUGUGAUUGGCUGUCUCAAUUUCUGGAUUAUUCCUCGAUCAGUUAGUGUGUUUUUUUGUAUGCUCCUAGUAGUAUGUUUACAAUAUUCAAAAACCCAAUCUGAUAAGUAGAUUUUGUCUUCAUCUUUGUAGUUCUUUUGAGCAUUUGACCAUUUCAGCAGUUUUCUUGGCAGACUCAAAAGUCCAGAAUAAAAGAAAAUAGAAAAAACGAAGAAGUAAGAAAAGUGUGGGGUCUUAACACAGAAACCCCGUUUUAGUCGAAAAGAAAGGAAAUGAAUCCAGCUGAAAGACCAACGCCUGGACUAAAUGCUUUCACUUCUUUAGUUAAUUCUCUCUGAUGUGUUUCACAUUAACCAGAAGACAAAAGCUAAUUUCCUCAGUCAGCUUUCUGAAACGUGUGCUGCCAUGACUACGAAAUGUAACAUAAACACCUGAACGUACACCUCACAACAGAAUCAUCAUGAAUCGACGUGCUUCAGAUUUUCACUGUAGUGAAGGAAGUUUCACUUUGGUGGAUAUUUUUUACCAUCUUUCAGUAUUUUCAUGUUCACUUUGUGUGUUGUUUGCUCCUCCUCUGCAAUCCUCAAACUCGUCCGUCUAGAUUCCACAAAAUCCCAGGCCACGUGGAAAAGCUCUUCUUGUCUGACGUCAUUCUUAAAAUUCUUUCUUCAGGAUCUGUCAGUGGCAACCUGGGGGAGGUUAAGUUAGGAAGAGAGGGUCAUGGUCUGUGGUUAAUGAAUAAUGCUUAGCCAACAAAAACACUGUAAAAACGCUCAAAAGCCUGACCAAAGCUUCCAACUAGGAGAGAACUUUUAUGCUUGUGUCUCAAAACAGUGCGUUGAAAUAAGAAAUUCAGCUGUGGAUGUGAACCAUCAAUCUGAAAAAACUAAAUUAAAACUUGGUCAUCAGAAAUGAGCAAUGAGAAGAAUCACCUCUCGACUGCAAGCUCGAGUCGUGUUGGCCGACGCUCCCUCAGCUCAGGUCCUUCAGUCCCACUUCAAGCUCGUUUCUUUUGUUUGUUUCUUUGAAGAGUUUUACAGUUGACAACACUGACAUCCGAGCUGUGAACAUGCCAAAGCAGAGACAGUAUUAAAGUGUGUGAAGCACUUAGAACUUAUUUUUAUACCAGGAAAAGAAUAAAUAUCCAGAUGCUACUUGUAUAGUUAUUUUGCAUUUUCUUGGCCUCGAUAAUUGACCUGGAAACAGGAAACAUGUCAAACUGAAUCAGUACCAAUCUGUGGAUUGUGGGUAUUCUGGAGGGGUUUCAUGUCAGAAAGGAAACUGCUCUGAUAAAAUGUGAUGUUUCAUGAUCCCCGCAAUAAAGAAUCUAAUGAAAAUCUGAA